UGCGGUCUUUUAAAUCACACGCAAAAAAAAACAUGAAGUUCGCCGUUGUGUUUGCCGCCGUCCUGGCCGUCGCCGUGGCCGCGCCCGCCGACGAGCGGGACGCGCAGGUGUUGAAGUACGAAAACGAUAACCUCGGUCUCGAUGGGUACAACUUCCAGUACGAAACGAGCAACAACAUCAACCGCGUCGAGUCGGCCCAACUGAAGCAGUUCGGCGAAGACACCCAGGCCCUCGUCGUGCGGGGCUCCUACUCGUACACCGCCCCCGAUGGCCAGGUGUACACCGUGAACUACGUGGCGGACGAGAACGGAUUCCAGCCGGAAGCCGCGCACUUACCGCAUGCCUAAGACACGCGCCCCUACGCGACCAGGACACUCGUCGUCCCUAUCUUCCUGCCUGUCCUGUCGUCUGUCUCCUGUU